GAAACUGCAGCAGUAUCUUUGCAGUUUCCUUUCAUCUUUGAUUAUGUUCUAAGGCUCUCUGAAUAUAGGAACUCUUUCCAUAACCCCUUGGAAUAUCUUUUCAUCUCUGUGGUGGAGUACAGCACAUGCUGAAAGCCUCCUAUCUUCUGCAGCUAAGGUAUCCUUUGCUUUUCAUCGCCCUCUGAUUUUUUUGUCUUCAGCGGCUGGAUUUUUGGCAGUAUUUGGCUUAAGCAAAUAGGAUUACAUUUCAGUAGCUGAUGGUUUCUAGUUGAGGAAUAUACUAAACGUGGGACAUCAUGAGGAUUGUACAAAGAAAUAUUUCUGCAAAGCACAGGAAAAUCACUCGAGUCGAGCUACGGAAGAAGACAUUCUGCAAAUGCAAUCAGGGCUGCUAGAAAUGCAAAAUUCAACAGAUUGGGAAUGGGUUGCACGACAAGUGUGAUUCUGUUUAAAGGCAUUCGUACAGUUUUUGAGAGAAACUGUGGUUAUAUAUGCAAACAGCAAGGGGAAAACAAUGCCCUUGAAUACACAGCAUUCAGCUUGCCAGAUGAAGAUUCAGAAAUAUUGAUUCAUUCAUUCCUGGCAAAACCAAAGCUUAUAGAACCAAUAGACUAUGAAAAUGUCAUCGUUCAGAGAAAAACACAGAUUUUGAAUGAUCCUCUACGUGAGAUGCUGCUGUUCCCUUAUGAUGACUUCCAGACAGCAUUAUUGCAGCGGCAGAGUCGAUACAUUCGUUCAACAGUUCCUGAAAAUGCAGAGAAAGAAGCUCAAAGCCUGUUUGUAACUGAGUGCAUCAAAACCUACAAUUCAGACUGGCAUAUUGUUAACUAUAGAUAUGAAGACUACUCAGGAGAGUUUCGACAGCUUCCAAAUAAAGGGACAAAGCCAGACAAGCUUCCUGUGCAUUUAUAUGAAGUGGAUGAAGAAGCAGAUAAAGAUGAGGAUGCAGCAUCUCUUGGGUCUCAGAAGGGUGGAAUAACAAAACAAGGAUGGCUGUACAAAGGCAAUAUGAAUAGUGCAAUCAGUGUGACAAUGAGAUCAUUUAAAAGAAGAUUUUUCCACUUAAUCCAGCUUGGUGAUGGAUCCUAUAAUCUCAAUUUCUAUAAAGAUGAAAAAAUAUCAAAAGAACCAAAAGGAUCAAUAUUUCUAGAUUCAUGUAUGGGAGUGGUUCAGAACAAUAAAGUCAGACGUUUCGCAUUUGAGCUCAAGAUGCAAGACAAGAGUAGUUUCCUUUUAGCUGCAGACAGUGAACUUGAAAUGGAGGAGUGGAUAAACACUCUCAACAAAAUCCUUCAGCUUAACUUUGAGGCUGCGAUGCAAGAAAAAAGAAAUGGCGAGUCCCACGAAGAUGAUGAACAAAGCAAACUGGAAAGCUCAUCAAGUAGUUUUGAUAACUACUAUCCUGAAAUUGCCAAGAGUACCAGAGAAGCAGAAAUCAAGCUGAAAACUGAAAGCAGAGUUAAACUUUUUGCCUUGGAUCCAGAUGCACAGAAACUUGACUUUUCUAGCAUUGAACCAGAAGUGAAGCCAUUUGAAGAGAAAUUUGGAAAAAAAAUUCUUGUAAGGUGUAAUGAUUUAUCUUUUAAUUUGCAAAGCUGUGUUGCAGAGAAUGAAGAAGGACCAACAACAAAUGUAGAACCUUUCUUUGUCACACUGUCACUAUUUGAUAUUAAAAACAACCGGAAGAUUUCAGCAGAUUUCCAUGUUGAUUUGAACCAUGCCUCAGUAAGGCAGAUGCUCUCCAGUGCAUCUCAACAGAUGAUGAAUGGCAGUGCUGAUAGCUUACACAGAAUUCAGGACAUUCAUGAAACUGUCUUGCAAUAUCCAAAGCAGGGAAUAUUCUCAGUCACGUGUCCUCAUACUGACAUUUUCCUUGUGGCUAGAAUAGAAAAGGUAUUACAGGGAAGUAUUACACAUUGUGCUGAACCAUAUAUGAAAAGCUCAGAUUCAUCAAAGGUUGCACAGAAAGUUUUGAAGAAUGCUAAGCAGGCAUGCCAGAGGUUAGGUCAAUAUAGAAUGCCUUUUGCCUGGGCAGCUAGGACAUUGUUUAAAGAUGCCUCAGGAACCCUGGACAAAAAUGCAAGAUUUUCUCCUCUCUUCAGACAAGACAGUAAUAAACUCUCAAAUGAAGAUAUGUUGAAAUUGUUAGCAGAUUUCAGGAAACCUGAAAAGAUGGCAAAACUUCCUGUUAUUUUAGGAAAUCUGGAUGUUACAAUUGACAACGUGUCACCAGAUUUUCCAAAUUACAUUAACUCAUCAUACAUUCCCAUGAAACAGUUUGAAAACAGUACCAAGACACUCACAGCAUUUGAAAUAGAGGAGUUUGUUCCCUGUAUACCAAAAUGCACUCAGCCUUUUACCAUCUACAACAAUCACCUUUACGUGUAUCCAAAGCACUUAAAAUAUGACAGUCAAAAGUCUUUUGCAAAGGCUAGAAAUAUUGCAGUGUGCGUUGAGUUCAAGGAUUCUGAUGAAGAGGAUUCUCUGCCUUUGAAGUGUAUCUAUGGUAGACCUGGUGGACCAGUAUUUACCAGAAGUGCAUUUGCUGCUGUUCUGCAUCACCAUCAAAAUCCAGAGUUUUAUGAUGAGAUUAAAAUAGAAUUGCCCACUCAGUUACAUGAAAAGCACCAUUUGUUGUUCACCUUCUACCAUGUCAGCUGUGAUAAUUCAAGCAAAGGGAGUACAAAGAAGAAAGAUGUUGUUGAAACACAAGUUGGGUAUUCUUGGCUUCCUUUGAUCAAAGAUGGAAGAGUGGUCACCAAUGAGCAACAAAUCCCCGUGUCAGCAAACCUUCCAUCGGGCUAUCUCAGUUAUCAAGAAGUGGGUGUUGGAAAGCACUCUGGUCCUGAAAUUAAAUGGGUAGAUGGAGGCAAACAACUGUUAAAAAUAUCCACUCAUCUGGUGUCAACUGUGUAUACGCAGGACCAGCACUUGCAUAAUUUCUUUGAGUACUGUCAAAAAACAGAGUCCGGAGCUCGUGCACUAGGAACAGAUCUUGUAAAAUAUCUUAAGAGCCUUCAUGCUAUGGAAGGCCAUGUGAUGAUCGCUUUCCUGCCAACUGUUCUAAACCAGUUGUUCAGAGUUCUCACCAGAGCAACUCAAGAGGAAGUUGCAGUCAAUGUGACAAGGGUUAUUAUCCAUAUUGUUGCUCAGUGUCAUGAAGAAGGCUUGGAUAGCUACCUGAGAUCUUAUGUGAAGUAUGCAUAUAAAGCAGAGCCCUAUGUUGCUUCUGAAUAUAAGACAGUACAUGAAGAGUUGACAAAGUCAAUGACAACAAUUUUAAAGCCAUCUGCUGACUUUCUUACAAGUAACAAGCUGCUUAAGUAUUCAUGGUUUUUCUUUGAAGUUUUGAUAAAGUCAAUGGCUCAACAUUUGAUAGAAAACUCUAAAGUGAAGCUGUUGAGAAACCAGAGAUUUUCUGCCUCCUUUCAUCAUGCAGUGGAAACAGUUGUUAAUAUGCUAAUGCCACACAUCACUCAGAAGUACAGAGACAAUCCAGAGGCCUCAAAAAAUGCAAACCAUAGCCUGGCUGCCUUUAUAAAGAGGUGUUUCACUUUUAUGGAUAGAGGCUUUGUUUUCAAGCAAAUCAAUAACUACAUCAGCUGCUUUGCCCCAGGAGAUCCGAAGGCUCUUUUUGAAUUCAAAUUUGAAUUUCUUCGUGUAGUCUGUAAUCAUGAACACUAUAUACCUUUGAAUCUACCAAUGCCAUUUGGAAAAGGCAGAGUUCAGAGAUACCAAGACCUUCAGCUGGACUAUUCAUUAACGGAUGAGUUCUGUAAAAAUCACUUCUUGGUUGGACUGCUUCUAAGGGAGGUGGGCAAUGCCUUGCAAGAGUUCAGAGAUGUGCGGCAGAUUGCCAUUAGUGUGCUCAAGAAUUUGAUGAUAAAGCAUUCUUUUGACGACAGAUACGCUACCAGGGGCCAUCAAGCAAGAAUAGCCACCAUGUAUUUGCCACUCUUUGGUCUGCUCAUAGAAAAUGUUCAGCGGAUCAAUGUGAAAGAUGUGUCCCCAUUUCCUGUUAACCCUUCCAGCAAUAGCACGAAGGAUGAUGCACAGAUUUUGCCAACUGCAAGUCAGUUAGUAACACCACAAAAAUCAGGAAACACAUUGGAUAACAAUCUUCCUAAAGAUCUGUUUGGUGUUAUUUCUGGCAUUGCUUCCCCAUAUACCACAUCAACUCCAAAUAUUAAUAGUGUGAGGAAUGCUGACUCAAGAGGCUCUCUUAUCAGCACAGACUCAGGAAACAGUCUCCCAGAAAGACACAGUGACAAAAGCAAUUCUCUUGACAAGAACCAACAGAGUAGCACUUUAGGAAGUUCUGUUGUUCGAUAUGACAAACUUGACCAAGCAGAGAUCAAAAGUCUGCUGAUGUGUUUCCUUCAUAUUUUAAGAAGCAUGUCAGACGAUGCAUUGUUUACAUAUUGGAACAAGGCUACAAAAUCUGAACUCAUGGACUUUUUCACGAUUACGGAAGUGUGCUUACAUCAGUUCCAGUACAUGGGAAAACGAUACAUAGCCAGGAACCAGGAGGGGUUAGGAUCCAUAGUUCAUGAUCGAAAAUCUCAGACAUUGCCUGUUUCCCGUAACAGAACAGGAAUGAUGCAUGCCAGAUUGCAGCAGCUGAGCAGCCUGGAUAACUCUCUCACUUUUAACCACAGCUAUGGCCAUUCAGAUGCAGAUGUCCUUCACCAGUCUUUACUUGAAGCAAAUAUUGCCACCGAAGUUUGCAUUACAAUUCUGGACACUCUAUCAUUAUUCACAAUGGCUUUUAAGAAUCAGCUACUGACUGAUCACGGACAUAAUCCACUGAUGAAGAAAGUAUUUGAUGUAUACCUCUGCUUCCUUCAAAAGAAUCAAUCUGAAACAGCAUUGAAAAAUGUAUUCAGUGCUUUAAGGGCACUUAUUUACAAGUUUCCUUCUACAUUUUAUGAAGGUAGAGCUGAUAUGUGCUCUGCACUGUGCUAUGAAAUUCUGAAGUACUGUAAUUCCAAGCUGAGUUCAAUUCGUAAUGAAGCUUCACAGUUACUGUACUUUUUGAUGAGAAAUAAUUUUGACUACACAGGGAAGAAGUCUUUUGUUCGAACACAUCUGCAAGUUAUUAUUUCAGUAAGCCAGUUAAUUGCUGAUGUGGUUGGAAUUGGAGGAACUAGAUUUCAGCAGUCUCUUUCCAUCAUCAACAAUUGUGCCAAUAACGACAGAGUUAUUAAGCACACUACAUUCCCCUCUGACGUUAAGGAUUUAACCAAACGGAUUCGGACAGUGCUGAUGGCUACGGCUCAGAUGAAGGAACAUGAGAAUGAUCCAGAGAUGCUUGUAGACCUCCAGUACAGCUUGGCAAAGUCUUAUGCAAGUACACCUGAACUGAGGAAGACGUGGUUAGACAGCAUGGCAAGGAUCCAUGUUAAAAAUGGAGAUCUUUCAGAGGCAGCAAUGUGCUAUGUACAUGUAGCAGCACUGGUUGCAGAAUAUCUCACACGAAAAGGGAUGUUUAGGCAAGGUUGUACUGCUUUCAGAGUAAUUACACCGAAUAUAGAUGAAGAGGCUUCAAUGAUGGAGGAUGUUGGAAUGCAAGAUGUUCACUUCAAUGAAGAUGUGCUGAUGGAAUUGUUGGAGCAGUGUGCUGAUGGACUGUGGAAGGCAGAACGCUAUGAACUCAUUGCUGAUAUAUACAAACUUAUCAUUCCCAUUUAUGAAAAACGGAGAGAUUUUGAGAGGCUUGCUCACUUAUAUGACACCCUUCAUCGAGCAUACAGUAAAGUUACAGAAGUUAUGCAUACAGGCAAGAGGCUGCUGGGAACUUAUUUCAGGGUAGCAUUCUUUGGACAAGGUUUCUUCGAGGAUGAAGAUGGAAAGGAAUAUAUCUAUAAAGAGCCUAAACUCACACCUCUUUCAGAAAUUUCCCAAAGACUCCAAAAACUCUACUCUGACAAAUUUGGAGCUGAAAAUGUCAAAAUGAUUCAGGAUUCUGGCAAAGUGAAUCCUAAGGAUUUGGAUUCAAAAUACGCCUAUAUUCAAGUUACGCACGUAGUUCCGUACUUCGAAGAAAAGGAGCUGCAGGAAAGAAAAACAGAUUUUGAAAGGACUCACAACAUUCGUCGCUUUAUGUUUGAGAUGCCUUUUACUCAGGGUGGUAAAAGACAAGGAGGAGUAGAAGAACAGUGUAAGCGACGGACUAUUUUGACAGCUAUACAUUGUUUCCCGUACGUGAAAAAGCGCAUUCCAGUGAUGUACCAGCACCACACUGAUUUAAACCCAAUUGAAGUAGCCAUUGAUGAAAUGAGUAAAAAAGUUGCAGAGCUUAGGCAGCUUUGCUCUUCAGCUGAAGUAGAUAUGAUCAAAUUGCAGCUGAAGCUGCAGGGAAGUGUCAGUGUUCAGGUUAAUGCUGGUCCAUUAGCAUAUGCAAGAGCUUUCUUAGAUGACACUAACACCAAAAGAUAUCCAGACAAUAAAGUAAAGCUCCUAAAAGAAGUUUUUAGGCAAUUUGUUGAAGCCUGUGGGCAUGCUCUGGGUGUAAAUGAACGACUGAUAAAGGAAGAUCAGCUGGAGUAUCAAGAAGAAAUGAAGGCCAACUACAGAGAAAUGGCAAAAGAGCUUUCUGAAAUAAUGCAUGAACAGAUUACUCCGGUGGAAGAAAAGGCCAGUGUCAUGCCCAACUCACUACACAUUUUCAACGCCAUAAGUGGAACUCCAACAAGCACAACGGUUCAUGGGAUGCCCAGUUCUUCUUCAGUUGCAUGAUUGUUUUGUAAGGGAAAGUAUAUUUGUUUCUUUUCAAGUUUGUGGAUUUGUUUCCUUGCGUGCAAACUCAGGAUGACCUUGAAGCUAAAUGUUGGGCACAUGCAAACUGCGUAGUUGAUGCGAAUGUCUGAGCACACUUAGCAAACAGCAGUUACUGGUGAUAGUCUUUUAGAGGAAGGGAGGUGCACAUAUAUAUUUUUUAAUCUUGCUGGUAAAUUUUAAGUGUUCACCAUGUCAUUGCAGAAGUGCGUGUUGGAAAAUUAUGAAGUUGAAGCUAGCAUCUGUUUUUCAUUAGAAAGUAUUAUUAAAAUGAAUUGCACAUUACAAAAAAAAAAGUGUUGUGGGAUGUAAUUUUGCAGAUAUGUAACAUUCAGGUGUUCUUUUCGUGUAUGGCACAUAGAGAUUCCAAGUACAAGAACUAUUUUGGGGCUAGACAGAGACACUAGUUUUUGGGGUUUAAUGCAACUGACAAUAGUAGUUUUUGUACCAUUUGGCAAAUUGUUGUGCUUUAUUUUAUACCUUGUUGCAUUUUGGAGGUAUGCGAGCUUAGAACUUACUCAACAACUAAAUACAACCAAAGGUCUGUAUUAAUGAACACUGAGUUAUACUAAAAUAUCAAUAGUAGUAAAUUGUUCUGUACAUAUUGUUUGUUAAUACAGUCCGUACAGUCUGUACAUAAAUGUAUUACAUUUCUAAGCAUUUUUUUAAUAUUCAUACCAGCUCUUACCAUUCUGCUUUCAGUUUAUUUUGAAAAUUUGCUCAUUCCGAGUAUAUGCAGACCUUACAGUUCAUUUAUCCCUGUAUAUAAAUAAGUGCAAUAUAAAGAUGUAUACAGUCUUUGCUAUGUUAGGUUUAUAUGCAGUUAUUAAAAGAAAAAUCUUUUUUGCCAAAGCAAUGGAGUAUGUAAUUGGUAAUCAUGGUUACUGUGGUAAAUGGUGGUAUAAUUUAAAGCUUUUUCCAUAAUCUUAUUCUUUUAAGACAUUAAUUUAGUAAUUUUAUAUUUGGGGAAAAUAAAGGUUUUUAAUUUUAUUUAACUGGAAGCACUGUCCUGCUGUAAUUAAACAUUCUGUACUACAUCUAUAUUAAAAGGAAAAAGGUAG